CUAUGUUUAGCUAUGCAAAAGGGACAACACCGACCAGGAAGUUCGUAAGCAUUACAAAUGAACAUACGGACGUAUGUUAACCAGAGAGAUGUCUGGUAUUAACUUACAAAAGCACAGUAUAUUUGUAACCUGCAGUGAGCUCAAGUUCUACCUGUUGAUCGUACUACUGACAAGCCUAUCAACGACAGAUGCUGUAACACUGACCGGGUCGUCUGAGUACGCUGUCCCCGGGAAUAACUUUACUCUGACGUGUGACGUACCAGAUGAGGCCAUUGCUGUUAGCUUUUACCAUCGUCCUGACGCGUCUACUCCAGUAGGUAGUGUACAAGUAGGUGGUAGUCAAUGUUACAACCCGCCCGACCUCUGUACACCAGAUGUCUGUUCCUGUGUAUCCACGUCGACUGGAGGACGUGGUACAGUGUUCCGGUGGGUCAUACAGCCACAGACGGGAGAUCAUGGAUCCGUGUGGUUCUGUAAACGUACCAACCUUAAACUGACUGAUCAAAUACUGGACAGUCCGGACUUCACACUCAGUGUGGCAGAUGGUCCUGGAACCUCCCUAGCCCUGUCCCCACAGGACACUUUGUACACCAGAAAUGAGGGGGAAACGUUACCGGACAUCACCUGUACAGCUGACUGUAGACCCGGCUGUACCUUUGUGUGGACAAAACCUGACAACACCAACUUUACCGCCUCAGCUGUGUUAUCACUGGGACAACUGGACAGGUCAAAGCACGGGACAUACAGAUGUACUGCUUGGAAUGUUAUCGGGACGUCAGGUAUCACUACCAGUGUAAACGUACAUUAUGGACCAGGAGACAGUAUAACAUUUAAGUCCGAGUCAGAUGUGUUGGAUAGCAUUGAGAACCAGACCAUCCCAGAAAUGUUAUGUUCCGCUGACUGUAGACCUCCAUGUACCUACAUCUGGUCUAAAGCUGGCAGAGGUUAUCCAAACCCACUGUCUCUAUAUGUGGCCACCAGGAACAAUGCUGGACAAUACACGUGUACAGCCGACAACAUUGUCAGUAAAGGAACAAAAACGUGGAACCUUAUUGUCAGAUUUCCUCCCAGAUUACCCAGUCUUAGCUACACACAAGGAGACGGUAAUGUCACUGAGAACGGACCUAAAUCACUUAUAUGCAGGGUAGAGAGUUACCCUCCGUCUACAAUUCAUUGGUACUAUAAAGCCAAUAAUAGCCUUCUUCUCGCCACCCCGGAUGUACUGGAGAGUACCUACACCCUGACUACUGCUGGCUGUCUGGACACAGGACUGUAUACAUGUUCUGCUAGGAACAGUGUCUCUAACACAGCGGUUACCAGGGACACAUAUAUCAACGUUUUGUGUAAGCCACGUCCGUACCAGAUUCCGAAAGAUUAUCAAACGUUUGAAUUUGCUUUGUUAGAAACCCUAACUAUUCUUGCCAUGUUCAUCUCAAACCCAGAACCAGUGUUCACAUGGACUUUUCAACUCACCCCAUUGACAUGUGCCACAGAACUUGUAAAUGGGGCGGACAACUUUGCUAUUAAAAAUAGCUUCCAGAUGAUUAAUCUAUCUGCUGUGUCAGAGGGAACACGUACGAAUAUACAAGAUAACUGGUUUGGAUUGUAUAAUGUCACAGCAACAAACAGCCAGGGAAGUGCAAUGGUCAGCUAUACAGUUCGUGCGCAACGAGAUCCAAGCUUCCCAAUAAUUUUGUCAGUUGACUGUAGACAGCCUAAGACUGCCGAAGUAUCGUGGAAGGACGGCGGAAACUCCAAGUUUUACCGUGUUUUAUUCAGCAGUAAUGGAUUUCUGAACUCAAAGCAGGUUUACCCCUUGACGAUUCCAUAUGAAGUUGAAAGAAGUAACAUCUAUAGUCUGUAUGUAGACAAUUUGGAGGGAGAACGACUGUAUUCCUUUAAAAUUGCAGCAUACAACGAACAUGGAAAUACAACAUCGAUCGAAGCCGUUGGAUGUACAGUUCGGGAAGAACUAUCCAGUGCUACCGACAACAUGUACGUAACAGGAGUUUCCCUAACGUGUACUGGUGUGUUCACUCUCCUGCUGACAGUAGGACUCGGAAUAUUUAUAAGUCGGUAUGGUAGACUACCAUUCAUCAAAAGACAGCAUCUGAAACACAGAGAAUUUCAGAAGGAGCAACUUUCAGAACAAGACGUGGCACCUCCUGAAGAGGAAGAGCGAUCGUCGUAUGAACAACUCGAUAUGAAUGCAAUUGCCAAACCGUCCAUAUACUCUGAAAUCGGAAGUCAUCCUGAAGGUCACCAGAAAGAAACAGUCAUUGCCAAAGAGUACGAGUCUUUGGAGGGUCGGUCGAAUCCAAACAUAUAUGAUGAGCCCCACGGUGUAACGUCUGGUAACAAGGGAGCAUACGUCAAUACAGCCGUUGCUGGGAGUUCUGCUGAUUACGGAAACUAGAUUUUUUUCAGUACGCGAAGAUACGUGAUGACAAUGAACAAACAACUCGAGGAAACUUCACUUAAUACUGUGAUGGAUGUAAAUUAUUUUCCUUGGCAAAACAACUAUCAAACGUAGAAUGCUUGUGGUAUCAAUAAAACAAUUAAGAAAUGGUCAAUACAGAGUGUCACCUGCACAAACUAAUACCAAACAGUCUGUUUACGUAGGAAAUUGAGACACAUAGGUUGCGUCUAGUAAUAAAAUGAAGUUUCAGCAUAAUGCUUAAUUCGACAGUGGGUCUGAACACUGGGACAUCGGCAUUUCUGUGUGUACGGGUCUUCUGGGAUAUAAUAUUCACUUCAGACAACUAACAGAAUAACGAGAGGAAUUUCAAAUGUAAUCAGUAUCCCGUGAGCUCGGGACAUAACGACGUGAUCUUUGAAGGUUUCACUUUUUGAUAAAUGAGUAGUUAUACUCUCACGCAGGUAGAGACAUACUGAGUAUUUACUGACUAUAAUAUUCCUUAUAUGAUUUUAUUCUUAUCACUGUUGCUUGUUUAUAUUAAAAACAUAUUCUAUGUAUAAAACCAGAGUUGUAUGUUCUGAUUGUAGACUAACACUCCUUGGGGUAGGGCGUUACUAGUACUUUGUAGCUGGACCAAGUCUGUCGUGGCUUACAUAAAAUACUUUUGAAGAAUAAAUGAACUUUUGUAAGAAAAAGUUUUAAAUGUGUCAGCUAAUGAAGACUUUAGACAUGUAAUGUUAAGGCUCCUGGCUCUUAAUACUACAGACCCUUUAGUCAAUUGUAUAACCUAAUACAUACCUUUAUUAUGGCAAUCAUACUCACUUACUCUCCUUAUAAUUGGUAAAUUUACGUUUAGUAGUAAAAACAAGUGCUAAACUUGUUCAUGAAACUCAAUUACUUCAUGCAUUAACUUAGUGUUAUUGAUAAAAUAUGAAAUGUUUUGUGAAAUGUUUCAUUUUGUGUAUACAAACAAAAAACAAACAAAAAACCCAUUAAAAAUAAAAAGGAAUGUUUCAGCCGAAUACAAAAUCACAUUGUAAUUAGAACACUUUAUAUGUGUCAGCUUAUUGUACGUAUAAGUUGUGUUGUCAAAGUGGUUCAGGUACAUACACAAGCAAGCUUGCUUA